AUGGCGGUUAACUCCUUUGCCCGCAUGAUGAAGGGCCAGGUUCGGUCUUACUCCGCACCAUUGGAUAUGGCCAUUCCGGCCUCCAAGCAGCGCUACAUUCCUAUAUCAGGCACUUACCCUCAAGGUUUCCUGGUCUCCGGUACCCAUGUCGGUGUCAAGGCUUCCAACACUCGAUUCCCCGACCUGGCCUUGAUUGCCUCCGAAACACCUUGCUCCGCCGCCGCUGUCUUCACUACGAACAAGUUUCAAGCUGCCCCAGUGCAGGUUAGUCGACAGACAUUGAAGAGCCGAAAGGGAGAGGGUAUCCGCUCUGUGGUUAUCAAUGCUGGAUGUGCCAAUGCGGUCACAGGAAAGGGUGGUCUCGAGGAUGCGGUAAGCAUGGGCCGAACAGUGGACGAGUGCAAUAGCGCCGAGAAGGAUAGCUCUUUGGUAAUGAGUACUGGUGUGAUCGGUCAGCGAUUGCCCAUCAGCAAGAUCCUUGACCGCAUCCCAACUGCCCAUGCCAACCUCGCUUCAUCGCACGAUGCCUGGUUGACUACUGCCCGCGCCAUCUGCACAACCGACACAUUCCCCAAGCUUAUGUCCCGUGAAUUUACUCUCCCCUCAUCCCCUGGUCGCACCUACCGUCUGGCAGGUAUUACCAAGGGCGCCGGCAUGAUCCACCCCAACAUGGCAACCCUGCUGGGUGUUCUCUGCACCGAUGCCGCCGUCGAGCCCGCAGCCCUGCAAUCCAUUCUCAAGCACUCUAUCUCCCGCUCCUUCAACUCGAUCUCCAUCGAUGGUGACACCAGCACCAACGACACCAUUGCCGUUCUCGCUAACGGUGCCGCUGGCGGCGAGACCGUCCGCGCACCCUCUUCCGCCUCCGAGGCUAGCGCUGACUACCAGGCUCUGCAGGCCGUCUUUACCGAUUUCGCCCAGCAGCUUUCCCAGCUUGUUGUCCGUGACGGCGAGGGUGCUACCAAGUUCGUUACUGUUCGCGUGCGCAACUCGUCUGACUAUGAAUCUGCUCGUCAGAUCGCCUCCACUAUUGCUCGCUCUCCUCUUGUUAAGACUGCGCUGUACGGCCGCGAUGCUAACUGGGGUCGUAUCCUCUGUGCUGUCGGUUACACUCAGGGUGUUGCCGAGGGUGUUGUUGUUCCCGAGCGUACCUCUGUGAGCUUCCGUCCUGUGGAUGGUAGCCCUAUCCUGAAGCUUCUGGUUAACGGUGAGCCUGAGACUGUUGAUGAGGAGCGUGCUAGUGCCAUUCUACAGAAUGAGGAUUUGGAGAUCGAGGUUGAUCUUGGUGGUGGUGAGAAGGGCGCUGCUGGAUGCGGUGGAGAGGAUGCUGUUUACUGGUUCUGCGACUUCAGUCACGAGUAUGUGACUAUUAACGGUGAUUACCGUACUUAG